GGGUAAUAUUGCGCAUGCGCAAAGAUCUAGCGUCACUUGCUGUUGAAUGGCGCGACCACAACGAUUUUCAACAUGUCCAAAAUCAAAACGUUGAUUUGGCCUAAAGUUAUUUUAUUCGGCGAUUCCAUCACACAGUUUUCCUUCCAGGUCAAUGGAUGGGGUUCAGGCAUCGCGGACAAAUUAACAAGAAAGUGUGAUGUUGUGAACCGAGGGCUGUCUGGCUACAACUCCAGAUGGGCCAGGGUAGUUCUUCCAAGGAUCUUAAACAAUGAGGGGUCAGCAGACAACAUAGCAGCUGUCACUGUCUUUUUUGGAGCUAACGACUCUGCUCUGGAAGAUAAAAACCCUCAGCAACACGUUCCUCUGCAUGAGUACUCUGACAACCUGAAAGACAUGAGCAGGUUCCUUGCCACAGUGGGGGUCCCUGCAGGGAAAGUCAUCUUCAUCACCCCUCCUCCUGUUAAUGAAACGGCAUGGGAAAAAGAGUGCACCCUUAAAGGUUGUCCCCUCAAUCGUCUCAACUCGAUGGCCGGGCAAUACUCUCAGGCUUGUGUCCAAGCAGCUGCUCAGUGUGGUGCUGAUGUCUUGGACUUGUGGACGCUCAUGCAGAAAGAUGGACAGGACUUCAGAGUUUACCUGUCAGAUGGCCUCCAUCUCUCCGAGAAAGGCAACCAGUUUGUGAUGCGGCACCUUUGGCAGCUGCUGGAGAGCAGAGUGGCUCAUCUACCUUUUAUCCUUCCCUACUGGGGCGAUGUGGAAGCUGGGAACCCGGAGAUCAGCCUGCAGCAGUGAAAAAAAACCGGACAACAUUUAAUCGAUACAUUUGAAGGAUUCUCAAUGUGGAGCCCAAUGCACUGACCUGCCUUCAUGCUGCAAUAAUGUUACAAAUGACGGUGCACAAUAAAAUGUUUUUAAUAUUUGGGUAAGCAAUGCAAGCAAGGAACAUAAUUUGAACAUGAAUAAGAGUACAAAAACAUGUCACUUUUUCCAUCGGGUAACAGUUCACAUCCAUAUGUUAACUACAUCACUCUGACUGGACCUAAACUUUUAGAAUAGCAGGCGUCAGUGGUGAGUCAUGAAUUGAUAUGAAGACAGAAAAUAGAACACAGUAAAUUUGAGUAGCUCACAGUUUUCGCAACAGGAUGCCCACUUCAAUUUUCCCAUUGUGGCAUUAACUAAGUCUCCAGGAAAGGCACAACAGUGUUUUGAAGGCAGGGGAGCAUGACUAGAUUGUGACACAGGAUAGCGUAUAUAAAACAAUCAAUCAUCCAGUCAUGCGUACACUAGAACUCACAGCAGUAAUUGUUAGAAAGUGCAGUAACUUGUGUUUAGCAUUGCAACACAUAGUUCAAAUACUGACUAGAAGGUGUUUUUGAGGUACUGGUCACAGGCAGAGGGCUUUUUUUUUUUUUAUACUA